GAGAGGAGAAGACAGGCUGUAGUAGAACAAGUGAUGGUGGAUCAAUUAUCUAGAGCUGUUAUAAGUGACCCAGAGCAGUCCACACGUGCUGAUGUUCACAAGGAAGCUGAAGGACUCUGGGGACUUGGGACGGCACCAAUGCGCUUUAGGAAAAGAACACUGCAUGAAACAAAAAUAAGGACCAAAUCAGGAUUAACUGAGAACAUGCUCUCUAACAAGCUGCGCUUUGAUAGUAGGAUAAUAUCCAGAACAAAUGCUUUGCCUUUCAUUCAGAAGGGAGUUUAUCAACAUCAACGUGGACAAAAGAAGGGAAAAGAUUAUGAUCUUAGUGACUUCUAUAUUGGAGCUAACCUAACUUUCCGAAGUGUUGAUCAUAGCCUUCCAGAAAGUGUUAAGGAGAACCCAAUUCUUACCCUUCGUGUGAUUACUAUUGAUGAAGCAGCUAUGGAUUUUCUGAAAACUUCUGUGGAAUUCAAGCAAGAGCCUUCUAAGCAAGUGGUUGAUGAAUGUGAAGUUUUCAGGAAAAUUCAAGGUAUACUCAGAGCGUCACUAAGUAAAAGAGGAGUUCGGGUUAUAACCGGCUUAGGAAAGUAUUUCCGACACAUAGACAAGAACAGAAGUGGUUUUCUCUCCCAGGCAGACUUUAAAGAAGCUCUCAAAAUAUUCCAUUUGAAAAUACCUGAGGGUGACUUUGAAUCUUUGUGGCAUAUUCUUGACGAUAGCAAGAGUGAUAAGGUCGACUAUGGAGAAUUUACUCGUGCUGUAUUUGGAGAAAUGAAUGAAUAUCGGAAAACAUUUGUAAGAAAAGCUUAUAUGAAACUAGAUUUCAACAAAACUGGGAGUGUGCCUAUGGUAGAUAUCAGGAAAUGUUACUGUGCAAAGAAACAUCCUCUAGUAUUGGCAGGCAAAGCUACAGAAGAAGAAAUUAAAUCAUCCUUUCUAGAAACACUAGGAGAGUCCUGCAGCAAUCCCAAUGAAGUGUCCUAUUCUGAGUUUGAAGAUUACUAUGAAGGAUUAAGUAUUGGAAUCAUGGAUGAUGAUGAUUUUGUUAAUAUCUUAAGGAAUCCUUGGGGAAUUUAG